AUGACACAAGAAACGCUCUAUGGUCGUAUUUUAUGUGGCACUACAUUCAGUUUAGAGCUCCGUGCAAAGUUUCAACCUUUAAGCAAAGAUAUCGAUCGUGAGUCACUGCAGAGCUUUGUGUUUCAAAACCUUUUUUCAUGCCUCGUUUGCAAUCCUGUAUUGGAAACGGAACAGCAGCAAAUUCUCACUAGAGUGUCUACCAGCGCUUGUCCUUCACAAUGCAGUUGCUUUGGUUGGGUGGGAGAGAGGAUCGCUGACUGUGCUAGAAGAAGUUUGACUGAAGUAACGUUCAGCGAUUUCGAUGCCGAUACCACAGAAAUUCACCUCCAGUAUAACAAAAUUGAAACUCUGGAUCCAGCGACGUUUGCCAAUGUACCAAAUCUAAAGCAUUUGUAUUUACAAUCCAACAAAAUCAGCGCACUUCCCGAUGGAAUCUUCGACAAUUUACCAAAUCUUCAAACUUUGCGGUUAAAUGGUAACAGGAUCGCUGACAUUGGUGCGAACAAAUUUGCCAACUUGAAAAAACUCAUUUUACUUUAUAUUCACGACAAUGAUAUAAAGACUGUCGAUGCUAGUGCAUUCAAUGGACUGGAUUACAUGGAGCAAGUAUCAGUGGCAGGAAAUCCUAAUUUGAAAGAUAUUAAUGUCGACGCUUUUGCUGGUAACACCAAUUUGACAAUGAUUGACAUGAGUGGAAGCGCCCUGACUGGAAUUAAUCCUCGACUUGUUAAUAGAAACGAUAAAUUGGAAAAAGUUUAUACCUAUGACAUAAAUACAUUGAUAUGUGAUUCAAGUUUGCAAGUAUAUCUCACGUGGAUGAACACUCAUCCCCGUAUUGCUUUUGGCCGAGCAACAAUGGUGUGUGCAGAGCCAGAAAAUCUCAGGGGGAGGUCCGUUCUUUCGAUUGACCCAGAACGACAUUACACUGAUGAAACAACGUGUCCGACUGAAUGUAAUUGUAUCAAAUCAAUGAACACAACAAUUGUUGACUGUUCAAGCAGAGAGUUUAACGCGGUGCCUGUUGGAUUUCCACCAAGUACAACUGAAAUUUUUCUGCAAGGAAAUAAUAUUUCAUCACUGCGUAAUUACGACUUUCUUCAUCUCACAAAACUUGAAUACCUGUACCUUCAUAAUAAUAAGAUUGAUUUCUGGGAUAUAUUUGCGUUCACUGGACCCGAACAAACCUUAAAGCAACUGACUCUACAUGAUAAUCUAUUCGAUAAUAUUCCAACUGGAAUUUUCAGAGGAAUGAGAAAUCUUGAGGUUUUCAACAUGAACGACAAUCAAGUUUCUGUUAUCCUACCAAACGCCUUCUCAGAUAUGGUAUCUGUUAUUCAAUUUUCAAUGAACUAUAAUUCUAUCAGAAUAGUUCCUUCGGACACAUUUGCAAAUUGCUUGAGUUUAAAAUAUGUUGGGCUGGCAUACAACAAACUCUCAAACAUGUCAGAAGAUGUGUUCAGAAAUUCUCCGGAUAUUUAUUAUAUCGAUCUAUCCGGUAACGAAUUGGACUAUCUUCCAAUCAUUCCACCAGGCGUAACCUUGUUCGAUGCUCGAGAAUCUCGACUGAAAGCACUCAGAGCCUCCUCUUUCCAAAAUGCUAAAAAUCUCGAAAUACUCAAUGUGACUGACAAUUAUAUUUACAUUAUCGAGGAUGAAGCAUUUGCUGGAGCUCCUAAAUUACGUGAAUUGCAUUUAGGCAGCAACAAUAUGGAAAUUAUCGACGACAAGACAUUUUCAUCCGCACCCAUUCUGCAGUAUAUCGAUUUAAGUUACAACAGUCGAUUGAUGAGUUUGUCCGAAAAUGCAUUUUUCACUCAAAGAAAGACGUUGCGAGGAUUGUAUUUGAACAAUGGUGGAUUGAAAACGAUGAGUGGGAAGACAUUGAGCAUUGUGGAAAAUUCUGGAUUUUACGCAAGGUUAUCUGACAAUCCCUGGAAUUGUGACUGUAAACUGCAGAAUCUUGCAGACUACAUAAACACCUAUCCGGAUACAGUUGAUAGCCCAACAUGCGCCGAACCAAAAGAAGAGAUUGGUAAAGAAAUAUCACAAGUUACAUUUGUUGAGGGCUGUGCCAUUGCCACACCACAGGACGAGCAUCGCGCUCUUAUUAUUUCACUCAGUAUUGUUGGAGCAGUGCUCAUAUUUGUUGUGGUGCUCGGAGUCAUUUUGUAUAAAUCACGAAAAGACACGAAAGAAGCUAUGAUGUCAGCCGGAAUGACAAAUGGCGGUCACGAAUCUAACGGAAAAGAAGAGAUUGCCUAUAAGAACGUCGCUUACGACAAUGCCGAUGAAAACCCAAGCGGAAGUGCGCUGUAACAGAAAUAAAAUCCACAUAUAUAACAUAAUUGAAUUUGUAUAAUUUUUGCCAUUAACUAUGUUUUACGUGUUGAUUUAAACUACAUCGUCUGUUAGAGAGCAAACUUUCAGUCUUCAUGAAAAUAAUCCUUUUACUGGAAAUCAUUCAUUUUUUCGUUCAUCAAUUAAACCCAUUUUUUUUCAAUUCAAUUUUCGAAAACUGAUUCAGUUGUAAUUUUUCACAAUGUAUUACUGGCCAAAGGCAGAAUAAAUCGUUAAAUCAGUUUAG